UACCAAGCCAGUUGGUGGUAUACAAACAAGAAAGAGAGAAUGCACCAAUCCAGAACCAGGACGUUGUGGGAAACACUGCAAUGGGACCGGAGCACUGUUGAGAGUAUGUAGCAACAUGUCCAGUUGCCAAGAAGAAUUUCCCCUGCGUUUUGAAACAGAGAAGAACCCAUCUUUUGGUACAAUGAAGAUAUUCUCAAACAGCAGCUGGCAAAAGCUUUGUACCAGUCAAUGGGAUGAAGCAGAUGAAAAUUCAACCUGCAUGGCCAUGGGCUACUAUAACAACGGUGCUAAUGACACAUGGUACGCAGAACGUGGCAAUGCUACAGAGAUGUCCACCCACUACAACUGCACCAUUCCCACCAGAUGUCAAAACAAACAACAAUUUUGCAAAGUUCCUGUUCGCUUGAAUGGCGCAAAUGUGGAGUAUGGAGGAAGAGUGGAAGUGUUUUACAAGGGGAAAUGGGCAAAGAUAUGUAGGAAUAAAUGGGACUUUAAUGAUGUCAAAGUUAUUUGUCGUCAACUUGGCUUUGAAGAGGCUUUGGCGGAGUUCAUUGGGUCAGACAUAAAGGCUGAGGGAAUACCUUUUGCAAUGUCCGAUGUCUCUUGCACCGGAGAAGAGUUUGAACUUGCAUCAUGCGAUCGCAUCGAUGGAAAGUUAAAUAUUCCCCCUCAAUGUCAAUCGGAUGACAAGGGUUCUCAAGCGUUGUGUCAACCAAAGAACAAGAAUGUGUUGAAAGGAGUUGAACUCUAUUUUGAUAUUGGUAGCGGAGAAAAGCUUCGCUGCUCUAUACACAAUAAAACCAAUCAUGCUAGAUGGGUCAUCAAUGGGGAAAAGCUUGAAAUAACAAACUCUACUUCUCAAAGGAUCAGGGCUGGAGACAAUGGUGAUCUGUUCAUCGAUGAUGUACAGCUGUCUGAUGGAGGAAUAUAUGAAUGCCAGAGAUUGGAAUAUGUUCAAUAUAACAUUGUCUACAUUAAUGCAAGAUUUACUGAGAAGACGUUGGACCAACAAACCGUUAUUGCGUACGAGUCUGGCAUUAUAAGCUGUAGUGCUGAUGGAAAACCAAAUCCCCAGAUUUCUUGGAGUAAGAAAGGAGGAAAGCCCUUAGACCCGAAACGAUUCACUCAAGUAUCCAACGGCAGCCUGCGUAUUGGUUUUGUAAAGCCUGAAGACGAUGGAACAUUCACUUGUACCAUGAAACAAACUAAAGGAGCAAAGAGGGUCACAAGCAAAGAUAAAAACAUACGAGUGAGAGUUAUAAUUCGACCAGAAGUUUAUAUUUCUGGAGCACGCAAUCUCAUCAUAGAAGGAAGCAGUGUAAACCUUACGUGUAAAGUUGUGGCGGGUCGGCCUGAACCACAGAUCACCUGGCUCAAGAAUAAUACAUUGCAAGGAGAGAGUUUGACUCUCUUCUUUUCUGAGAUAACAAAGGAGGACGAAGGGCGGUACACUUGUAAGGCAGAGAAUGAAGCAGGCAUUUCUACCAAAGACAUUGAUAUUUCUGUAAAGGUUCCACCCCAUGUUCGGAAUGAGUCUAGAAAUCUCACCAUUGCAUUUGGCUACCCAUUUACUAGAGAGUGUUAUUUUAGAGGUGACCCACAAGUAUCUGUCAACUGGACCAAGGAUGGAGUGCUAAUUAGUAAAAACAACACCUUGGUUAUUAGAAAAGCGAUGUUUAAAGAUAAAGGCUAUUAUGAAUGUACUGCUAAAAAUGAUUAUGGUGAAGCAAACUCUUCCUUCUGGAUCGAUGUCACAGUAUCUCCACAGAUUAUAGAGCCUCCGAUAAACCAGUCUGUUACUGAGGGAAACUCUGUGAACUUUAGUUGCCGAGCCUCAGGUGUGCCAGCACCAACAUUAGUCUGGAUUUUUAAUAAUGCUGAACUGCCAUCUGGUAUCAAUCAAACCAAUCACGAAGGAGAAUCAUUCCUAGAAUUUUUAAGCGUCACAAAAGGGAUGGAAGGGACUUACAAGUGUGAAGCGAAAAAUAAAGCAAAUACAACUAGUUCCUCUGCAACACUGCGUGUAUACGGAAAAGCCUCUGUUCAAGUUUUUCCAGAUCAGUAUCCAGCAAUCACAGCAGGAGACAACCUCACGUUGACCUGCAUCGUCAAUGAAGAAACAAUAAAUGUAACUUGGAAAAAAGAUAAAGACUCACCACCUGAAAGAGCAAAGAUUGAUACGCGAUUCGAUGACAAAAAGAGCACAUUUGCUAUAACUGAAGUUGAGAAGGAGGACAGUGGUGUGUAUUCUUGUGAGGGACGUAAUAAGCUCGGUUUUGUUGACCGUUCCUUUGUAAAAAUAAACAUCAAAGCGAAGCAAGUGCCACGAGCUAUGCAAAGUUUCAACACUUUGUGGUAUUACAUUGGUGGAUCAGUGGCGGCAGCGACUGUCAUUUCGCUAAUUGCCUGGUAUUUCUGCAAGCGUCGAAGGUCUUGUUUUCAUCUGCAAUUAUUCAGUGAAGGGGAAGAUGAAGUUGAGAUGGAUCAGCUGAACGCUAACACAGACGGAUGGGAGAUUGCAGCUGACCGCCUGAACCUUCGUGAGCAUAUUGGCAAAGGGGCAUUUGGUUCAGUGUGGCGAGCGCUACUGGGUCGUUCCCGUGGCAGACCUGGAAAUCGCACAGUUGCUGCGAAAUGCUACCUACCAAUCUCCGGAGAGAAAGGAAGGAAGGCCCUGCUGAGAGAGAUCGAGUUAUUAAAACUCUUUGGAAGGGAGGGCCAUGAAAAUGUUGUUAAGUUCAUUGGUUGUGUCACAGUUGGAGCUCAGCCAAUACUUAUCAUGGAGUACCUGUGGCGAGGUGACUUGCUGGGUUAUCUCAGAAAAUCCAGGGGGGUUUUCGACCAAUAUCAUCAUGGGGUCGGAGGGGUCGACCACUUGACAACAUAUGACAUGGUGCUGUUUGCUAAACAGAUCGCACAUGGUAUGACUUUCCUCGCGUCCAGAGGGAUAAUUCAUCGCGAUCUUGCAGCUCGUAACAUCCUUCUUGAUGAGCAUCGUGUCUGCAAGUUGACUGACUUUGGGCUCUCUUAUCAGGAUUUCAAAUACGGCCCAGGAAAUGCCAAGAAGGGAUGUAUCCCAAUCAAAUGGACUGCACCCGAGAUUCUCUUUGGACAUGUGGAACAGCUGUCAACCAAAAGCGAUGUGUGGUCCUACGGCAUCGUCUUGUAUGAAAUCUUCACUGUCGGAGGCAUUCCUUACGAUGGAUGGUCUCAAUCCACGACAAUGAAAAAAAUCGAAGAAGGUUAUCGUCUGCCAAAGCCUGAACAUAUCGACGACAGUUUAUACGCGGUGAUGUUAAACUGCUGGAAAUACGAAAGCGCCAGCCGGCCACACUUUGUGAAGCUCUACCAAACAAUGGAUACAUAUAUUAAAACAAAGACAUAUGUAGAUAUCUUUGACGAUGACAAGUAUGAUCAGGAUAAGUACAACUUUGUCGAUGACCGUGGAGCUGUUGCAAACCCAGAAGAUGCAGGACCGGACGAGCUAGGAGCAGCUGCAGCAAAUCCCAUCGGUGAAGUGGGUGAACACGGUGCUACGGCACAUCCCUUUCUGGUUGCAGUGGACGAUGAUGCUACAGCUUUCCCUCUUGGAAUUAACGUAGGAGACGAAGGAGCACCUGCAACAGAUCCCGACCGUGAAGUGGGUGAACACGGUGCUACGGCACAUCCCUUUGUGAUUGCAAUAAACGAUGGUGCUCAAGCUUUCCCUUUCGCUAUUAACGUACCAGAGAAAGGGGCAGCUGCAGCAAAUCUCGCCCAUGAAGUGGGUAAGCACGGUGCUGCUGCACAUCCCUUUGUGGUUGCAAUUGACGAUGGUGCUACAGCUUUCCCCUUCGCUAUUAACUUACAAGACAAAGGGGCAGCUGCAGGAAAUCUCGCCCGUGAAGUGGGUAAGCACGGUGCUACGGCACAUCCCUCUAUGGUUGGAAUUGACGAUGGUGCUACAGCUUUCCCUCUCGGAAUCAAAGUAGAAGAAGAAGGUUGCGCAGCAUACCCUUUUGAGAGUGAUAAGAAAGAUAUGGAUGCCCAAGCGUACCCUUUGGAGAGUGAUACUUUACCAUACCUUAGCGAGAACGAGGAAGAAGAUGUUGAUGACUCCGAGUGCCCUCUUGCGAUUGAGGAAGAAGAAAUUGAUGACUCCGAGUGCCCUCUUGCGAUUGAGGAAGAAGAAAUUGAUCCUUUACCAUCCUCCCUGGUGAUGGACGAAGACGGUCUAGCUGCUUCAGCAUGUCCCCUUGUGACUGACGAAGAAAAUUCUGAUUCUUUAGCAUGCCCCCUUGUGGUUGAGGAAGAAGAUUCCAAUAACUCAGCAUGCUCCCCUGUACCUGGGGAAGAAGAUUUGGAAGCCACAGAAUGCCUUUCUGUUACUGAAAAAGAAGAUCCUACCUCUUUCGCACGCUCCGCAAAUGAGGUGAACAAACCCGAUGCCUCACCAUUCCCUUGUGUGAUCGAAGAAGAAGAUCUUGAUUCUUUAGAAUACAAUCCUCUGAUCGAAAAAGAAGGCCUCAGUGAUUCCGUCUUCCCUCCAGAAAUUCAAACUGAUGACGAAGAAGGUGUAACAAGUGAACCUGAAAAUACCGUUGGUUAUGAAGGUGCUGUAGCAGUUCAAUCUGAAAAGGAGGCAGUAGAAGAAGAACCUAAGACUUGCCAACUAGAGUACACGAAGGAUGAACAAGACGAUCUUGGAAACUAUAUGGACGACCAAAGUGAUGCUGUAGACCUUUUUGACGGAGACGCUGGCGUACAAGAGUAUGAUGGUAAUCAACUUACUGCUGCGGAUAUAGACGAAACUGGAAGUGACGAAGACGAGGAGUCAUCUGAAGCAACUCCUCUUGUGCAGGACUGAGGCUUAAUAGCAGAAUUGCUGAACCUCUAAGGUUGUAGUCUUAUAACACUCUGUGGUAAUUUGUAGUUUAUAUUUCGAGAAUUUCAGCCUCAAUAUUUCAUAGUUUUUGAUUUUAAGACGUAGGUUUUUUCGUACUUUUACUUUAGUAAUGCUUUGGUAGUGAUGAUAACCAUUUUCAUAGUUUAUAAAUGGAGGUUAAGUGGAAUUUCCUUCAAAGAAAAAACUUGUUUAUUUACUUCACUUUUGCAUUUCUUAGUUUACCGUUUAUUCACUUGGUGCACUUGU